CAACCCUAAAUAGAGCUGCAGCCGCAGCAGAUGAAAUGAAAGUGAGGGUUGGAUCCAUGCAGCAGCAAUCUGGAUGUUGUGAGGUUUGCACCGCCCGGCAACCUCUCAUCCGCCACCUUCUUCCCUACAGAGGUCUCCACCGCCGCCUCUGCACCGCCUGCGUACUGGCGGCGCACCCUGGUUCCUUCUGUCCUAUCUGUUUCGAAGUCUUCCUCCACAACAACCCUCCUCCUCCUCGUCUCCGUCUCCAUUGCUUCAAAUGCCCUUCCAUCGCCCACCUCUCAUGUGAUGUUGCUGCUCCUGCUCAUGCUCAUUACUUGUGCCCUCCCUGUUCCAACCCUAAUUUCACCUUUUUCAACCUUCCUCGCACUGAACCCGUCCAGAUCAACCUACAUUUGGCUAAACAGUUGCUCGCCGCUGCUUCCAUUGCUUUUGAGUCUAUCAACAAUGCUGCCGUUAUCUCGAGGAUUAACGCUGAGAUUAGGGUCAAAGAAGCUCUGUUGGCUAAGGCUGAAGUUGGCCAAUUUUUAAUGAAUCAUCAUUUAAUGCCCAAAGAGAAAAGAUGCUUAUCUCAAUCUUCUGAUGAUGAUAGCUCAAGCAGUUUGUUACUGCUAGAUUUCUAUCCUAAAAGGUACAACCAGUUAGCGUAGACGUUGAUAUUCUUUUUAUCAAAGGACAUGCAAUGAGGGCCUUUUAGCUUUGAAGAUGUGAGCCCUGACGAUAUGUACGUCUCUUCUAGCUUUUCUCCUUAGAUCGUUAAUCUUCUUUGGACAGAAUGUCUAUCUUCUGUAGAAAAAAGGAUCAAUUAUUUUGUUGAAACAAUAAUAUUUCUAGGGCCUUUGAUAUUUCAGGUUGAUGAUGUGUCUUGUCCAGUGGUUACAAUAGUUUUUUAUUUUCCUUCUACAAAGUACUCACUGAUCAUGUCUCUUUUGUGCUUGUUUUCGCUACAAUUAAUAUGUAACGAUAAUAUAUAUGCUGGUGUGCAGAAAUUUGAGCUGAAUUUGGAUCUAACAUGGCACGCGAAAGCAUCCUGUACAAACUCAUAAAAAUGUUAUUUUCAGAGGUGGGUCUUUAUGUCAUCAUACAAUCUGUUAUUUUCUUAGUAGUUACCACUUCACAUAACAUGACAAAAGAAAGUAUGAGCUUUUAAUGAAUUCUGCUGUUUUCCCAGCCUUAGAUAUCAUACUUGAGAAAAACUUCUGAGCUUCUUUAUUGGACCGGUAGGAAACCAAUUACUUUUAUUAAACGAUUUGGUCUUCAUAGAGAUGUGACUCUGAAGACGUUAAUCAACGGAUACGCACAACACAAAGUAGUGUGGAUCCUUCUGUUUUGUAUGCCAAGUCAGCUUUCUCCGGCAAGCUUGUCGUUGGGAAGACCACAAUUCAGACUGAGAAGGAAAAUGCAGCAUGUGUGUGGACCAAAGUGUAAUGCUCAUAUCGUGAAAAUGUUUAUGCAUACAUGUUUGAGAGCCUUUGUCGGGGCAGGAUGCCGAUUACUUGGACGUAAUAUAAUACAAUCUAGGAAGCCACAGCAUUUCACCAUACAAGGCAAGUUUCUUCACAACUGAUUUUUGAAGUUAUAUUACUCUUUUGUAAGAGCUUUUACCUAUAAGAGCAAGAGCCAUCAUUUUACUGGUACAGUUUUUGUCUCCAUAAGAUACUUCCUUAAAUAUAUGUAAAAUAAAUACUUAAUUUACUAUGCAAUAAUGAUUCCAAAGUUGCCUGCUAAAUAAAGAAUU